AUGUGGAACGUGAAGAGGAAACCACCCAUUGACAAGACAGAGUGGGAUGGCUUCUUCGAUGAGAACGGUCAGUUGGCCAAGUCACGAGACUUCAUUUGUGUUAACAUCUUGGAAAGGCCCCAGGGGCUGCACCCCUUCGUGAGGACAGAAGCCUGGAAGUUCCUCACAGGCUACUACUCCUGGCAGAGCUCCCAGGAUGAGCGGCUCACAGUGGACAGCACAAGGAGGAAGAACUACGAGACCUUAUGCCAGAUGUAUGAGAAGAUUCAGCCCCUUCUGGAAAACCUGCACCGGAACUUCAUAGAGACUCGGAAUAACAUCACACAUGACAUCCAGAAACUCUAUGACAAAGACCCCCUGGGUAAUGUCCUUAUUGACAAGAAGAGGCUGGAGAAGAUCCUGCUCCUGAGUUAUGUCUGCAACACCCAGGCAGAGUACCAGCAGGGCUUCCAUGAGAUGGUGAUGCUUUUCCAGUUGAUGGUGGAACAUGACCAUGAGACUUUCUGGCUCUUCCAGUUCUUCCUGCAGAAGAUGGAACACAGCUGUGUCAUCAACAUUGGGGUGGGCAAGAACCUAGACACACUCAGCAACCUGAUCAAUUUCCUGGACCCUGUGUUUGCUGAACACCUAAAAGGAAAGGGUGCAGGGGCUGUACAGUCCCUCUUCCCCUGGUUCUGCCUCUGCUUCCAGCGUGCUUUCAAGUCCUUCGACGAUGUCUGGAGGCUCUGGGAGGUUCUGCUGACUGGGAAGCCCUGCAGAAACUUCCAGGUGCUGGUGGCCUACAGUUUGUUGCAGAUGGUGCGUGAGCAGGUCCUGCAGGAGGGCAUGGCCGGUGAUGACAUCCUCCUGGCCUGCAACAAGCUGGUCGACCUUGAUGCGGACGAGCUGAUCUCCACUGCCUGCUUGGUUUACGCAGAGCUCAUUCAGAAGGAUGUAAGUUGCCCCAAUUAUUUGUCCUCCUCCUCUUCCCCUUCCAAGAAGCCUUCCCUGAUCUCCCAAGCCCAGCCCAUAGCAGGUAUAUUCAGCUUCAGAGAUGUUUGUGCUACAUUGUCUGCCACCACCCCAUAAGGGUUCUCUGUGUGAUCUUUCU